AUGGGGGUCUCCAGCACACUGCUGCUCUGUGGACUACUGCUCAUAUGGGACAGUGCUGCUGAUACACCUAACAGAGGCGGGAGCUCCACGGCCCGGUCUCGGCUGGCAGAGGAGUUCCAGAACCGGUUCCCCGUGACUCCGCCCACUCUCCAGGAGGUCCAGAACCGGUUCUCCGUGACUCCGCCCAGUGUCCAGGAGUUCCAGACUGGGUUCUCGGUGUUCCGUGACGGGGACUCGGUGGGCAGCUUGUGUGAGGUGACCCCCCUGCAGCAGGAGUCCCUCAGCAGCUGCGGCUUCAACCGCUCACACCCCCUGGUGCUCAUCGUCCACGGCUGGUCUCUGGACGGGGUGAUGGAGGACUGGGUGGUGAGGUUGGCGCGGGCGCUACGUGCCCGUGUGGGCGGGCUCAAUGUGCUGGUGUGUAACUGGAUCCCAUUGGCUCAGCGCUUCUACCCGGUCGCCGCCCACAACGCCCGCCGCGUGGGACAGGAAGUAGCCCUGCUGCUGGAGUGGAUGCAGGACAAAGGCCUCGUCUCCCUGGGCAACGUGCACCUGGUGGGCUUCAGUUUGGGCGCUCAUGUCUGCGGCUUCGCUGGUCAGUUCUUCAGCGGCUCCAGGAGGCUCGGCCGCAUCACAGGACUGGACCCUGCUGGGCCGAUGUUUGAGGGCCGUCCGGCGGCUGAUAGGCUGUCUCCGGACGACGCAGUGUUUGUGGACGCCAUCCACACGUUCACCAGGCGGCACGUGGGCAUGAGCGUGGGCAUCAGGCAGGCCGUCGGGCACCGAGACUUCUACCCCAACGGGGGCACCCUACAGCCGGGGUGUUACUAUAGCGACCACAUCUCACAACACGGGCUCAGAGGACUGUCCCAGGCCAUGAAGUGUGCGCACGAGCGCUCGGUCGACCUGUUCAUCGACUCACUCCUGCACGGGGACCAGCAGAUCACAGCCUUCCGUUGCCGUGACGAUGCCGCCUUCAGCCGGGGCCUGUGCUUGGACUGCACGCGGAACCGCUGCAGCACGCUGGGCUACGGAACACACCGGGGAACACACGGAACACACGGAACACACACGGGCCAACGGGGAACCAGCCAGCGGUUCUACCUCAGAACCCGCUCCCACAUGCCCUACAGAGUGUACCACUACCAACUCCGGGUCCAGCUCGUUGACCAGAUGAGACAGUCGUGGCCCUCAGCGUCCAUCACCCUCAGAGACCAGCAGGGGGCGACACAGGACCUGCCCCUACACCUCCCAUCAGAGCUGAGUGGGAACCAGACGCUGAGUUUCCUGGUGACGUCUGAUUGGUCGGUGGGGCGUGUGGUGGGCGUGGCUCUGCGCUGGGGGCCACAGGGCGUGUGGAACAGGAUGCGGACCAUGAUGCACUGGGGCAGACGGACCAUGAUGCACUGGGGCAGCCAGCAGGGCCCCGUCCUCAGUGUGGGGAGGGUGCGCAUCAAGGCAGGAGAGACUCAGGACAAGGUGUGGUUCUGUUCUGCGUUCCGAUCUGAUAGAGUGACCCACCUGCAGCCCUGGACGGACUACACCUUCAACAGAUGCCACACACACACACACCAGCCCAAGAGUGGGACACACACACACAGGCCUGAGGCACUUGGCCAGACCCCGACCCCCCUUUUGGUGACCUUGGGCAUCCUAAACGCACUCUAG